AUGACGUGUUUCUGCGCUCGUGGGCUUUCUUUUCCUCUCUUCAUUGAUUAUUUUGGGAAUCCAGCAAGAAAGAGGUGGAAGGUGAUUGAUGGCCUGAGACAGGCCACAUGCCAAUCGCGCGCGCAGGAACAGCCGAGGGCAUAUAGGACUCCGAAAGAACAAACCUUGAUCGCGGAUGGGGUCCAGGUUUGUAGUACAUUGACUCGAGAGUUACAUAUGUCGGAACGAACCCCUCAGUUGAGCCGCAAUCUUUUGACUACACGUCCCCCGCGAAAAACCCCACCACUACCACCGUUUGAUACACACAGCUUCAGUUACAUCAAGAAAUGGCCGACAAUAACAACAACGAAGAAGCAGGAGCAGCAGCUCCCCAGGAGCCCCAAGCUAGGAUCGUUCUCUACUGCGGAGGUAAGAUCUUCGAUUGGCAUGUGCACAUUACCCCCGGAGUACUGCGAGUUCGGCAGCUCCGCAAAGAAGUGCAAAGAAUGGCUCGAAGAGAACCACCCUGACCUCGUGGCCUCGGUUUACAACACUGAAGCCGUCGAAGCUGCAAUGUCUCACCUAACCGUGGAUGCCCUUGCUCGCGCUGAAAAGGCCGAGCAGGCCGCGGAGAAGAAGGCAAUCAAGGAAACCGCGAAAGCCGAGCGCGAGCUCGCCAAGAAGCUCUCGUCAAAGAUUGUGCUCAAGCGGGUUGAGCGUGCGAAGCGCAAGCACGUGAUUGUCGUCACUGGGCUCGAGGCGUUCGGGCUAGAUCUAAAGAAGGUUGCGAAGGACUUUGGCAAGAAGUUUGCGUGCGGGAGCAGCGUGACGAAGGGCGCGGCCGCGGGACAGGAUGAGAUUGUGGUUCAGGGUGACCUAAGCGAUGAUAUACUAGAGUAUAUCGAGGAGAAGUAUCCAGAGGUGCCCGUGGAUAAUAUCGAGCAGGUUGAGGAGAAGAAGAAGAAGAAGAGCGAGGGACCUUGA